CACAGUGUCGAAACCACAACACAGGAAGUGCUUGAACUGCCCGAUAAACAUCCAUAAACACCUGCGUUAGCGGGCUAGAAGUCAGAAAUGUGCCUCCAACUCGCUGUGUUUGUACCGUGUUAACUCAAAGCCAUGGAAUCGCUGUCGUGGCUGAGCAGCUCUGUUCUGUCAAACGCAAACGUCGCAGCUUUACUGCUCUUCCUGCUGGUGUUUUUGCUGCUGUAUCAGAAGAAGCGGGACUCGGUGUAUAGAAACAUUCCUCCAGGACCAAAGCCAUGGCCGGUGGUCGGAAACUUCGGCGGGUUCCUGGUUCCGUCCUUCAUCCAGAGGAGAGCCGGGCAGCGGGCGAGCAGCGGCCCCACCAGCCCCAUGGAGGCUUUAGCGGGACUGAGCAGAACUUAUGGGAACGUGUUCAGCCUGUUCGUGGGGACUCAGCUGAUGGUUGUUUUAAAUGGAUAUGAAGCGGUGAAGGAUGCUCUGUCAAACCACCCAGAGGUGUUCUCAGACAGACCUGACAUCCCCGCUAUCACCAUCAUGACCAAACGCAAAGGGAUUGUCUUUGCACCUUAUGGGCCAGUAUGGAGAAAGCAGCGCAAGUUCUGCCACGCCACACUGCGAAGCUUUGGCCUGGGGAAGCUGAGUCUGGAGCCUUGCAUCCAGGAAGGCCUCGCCACCAUCAAAACAGAACUACUGCGGCUGAACGAGGAGAGCGGUGGCGCCGGUGUGGACCUGGCUCCUCUGAUCAGCAACGCCGUGUCAAACGUCAUCUGCUCACUGAUCCUGGGUCAGCGCUUCCGUCACGACGAUCGCGAGUUCCGCAGCAUGCUGGACCUGAUGGUUCACGGGCUGGAGAUCUGCGUGAACAGCCCCGCAGUCCUCAUCAACGUCUUUCCGCUGCUCUACUAUCUGCCUUUUGGGGCCUUCAAGCAGCUACGGCAGGUGGAAAAAGACAUCACCGUGUUUCUAAAGAGGAAUAUUGCAAAGCACCACGAAACACUAGAUCCUGACAAUCCACGGGAUUUGGUAGACAUGUAUUUAAUGGAGAUGUUGGCCCAGCAAGCUGCCGGAGAGAAGGACAGCAGCUUCAAUGAGGACUAUCUCUUUUACAUCAUAGGAGAUCUCUUCAUUGCUGGCACUGAUACAACCACUAAUUCAGUUUUGUGGAUUCUGCUGUACAUGGUCUUACACCCUGAUGUCCAAGACAAGGUCCAGGCAGAGAUUGAUGAAGUGGUGGGCAAACAUCGGGUCCCGUCUUUUACUGACAGAGGAAGUUUGCCUUUUACUGAAGCCACCAUCAUGGAGGUGCAGAGACUGACUGUGGUGGUUCCACUGGCUAUUCCUCACAUGACCUCAGAGACAACAGUGUUCAGAGGCUACACUAUUCCUAAAGGAACAGUUAUUAUGCCCAACCUGUGGUCUGUGCAUAGAGAUCCCACUGUGUGGAACGACGCAGACACUUUCAAACCUGCACGCUUCCUGGACGAUGAGGGGAAGUUGCUCAGGAAAGAGUGUUUCAUACCAUUUGGGAUCGGUCGCAGGGUGUGCAUGGGAGAACAGCUGGCAAAGAUGGAGCUUUUCCUGACAGUCACCAGCUUACUGCAGGCCUUUAAAUUCAGACUGCAGGAGGGAACGCCUCCUCCUCCGCUGCACGGACGCUUCGGCCUGACGCUAGCACCUUAUCCAUUCACUGUGUGUGUGAGCGCACGUAACAGUGGAACAGACUCUAUGUAAACUGACAAAUCCAAAAAAUGUUGACCAAGGUCUCCUGGAGAGACACUGUAACAUUUAGACAGCAUUUAGAUACACUUUAUGACUCCUAUACAGAAGAAGUCACAGAAUAGACACUACCGUUCAGAAGUUUGGGGUCUCUUAGAAAUACCCUUAUUCAGGGACGGCUGGUAUAAAUGGGCUAACAGGGCUAAGCCCUCCCAGGCCAACACAAAAAAGAUGAGAAAAUUAUUUUUUAAAUAACUUACAACAGAUUGUUUUAAGUUUAGGUGAAAACAAAGGUAGCAACAGCACCAAUCAGUCAAAAGAAAAACACUGAAUAUCUCUAAAUGGGCUUAUUUUUUUACAGCCCCAGCAGAUACAGUCCGCUUUCAUUCAUUUCGUUCUUGUAAGUGAUUGACAGGUGUCAUGUCCCGCCCCCGUGAUUUACUGAUCAUUUGGGCUAACUUCAGGCAGCCCACAGGCCUUGACUUUGACCAGUAACAGCGAGUUGACGCAGUGGGGCUGCUAUUUGUGCCAGAGUUGGGAAGGAGGGAGAAAAGGUUAAGCUAUGGCGGGCGUUAGCAUGAACGAGGUGGAUUAUUUGCUUUCAUGUCCAUUUUCCUCAAUGUCUUUGGAGGAAAAGCUGGAAGUUAAGAGACUGGGAUCACAUCGGCCGUCGAUGUGAGCUUCUUUUCAAAUAACGUAGGCCCAUGUUGACCUGUUAAAGGACUGUGACACCUUGUUUUUGCUGAGGUCAUCUGUUGUACUGAAGGCGUGUUUUGCACUACAUGUCGCCAAACAGUUGUAAUAAGACAGUUGCAGCAGGCUAUCUGUGGGCAGUCGUUGCAGUUGGAACACGUUUUGUAGUGGUGUGUGUAUGUGUGUGAGAGAGUGAGUGAGUGAGAGAGAGUGUUGAUGUAGAGCACUAAAAAAGUAUAGUGUACCUGUAAUUGAUGUAACUGUGUGUAUCAUAGGUCACUUUUGCAGCUGUGUUAACCAUUUAAUCAGUAUUAUGCAUUUGUUAGCCCACCCAACAAAUUUCACCACCAGCCGCCACUGCCCUUAUUGUUGAAAGAAAAGCAUUUUUUUUCAGUGAAGAUAACAUAAAAUGAUUGAGAAAUACAGUCUAGACAUUGUUAAUGUGGUAAAUGAUUGUUCUUCCUGGAUUUUUAAUGGAAUAUCUCCAUAGGGGUACAGAGGAACAUUUCCAGCAACCAUCACUCCUGUGUUCUAAUGCUACAUUGUGUUAGCUAAAGGUGUUGAAAGGCUAUCUGAUGAUUAGAAAACCUUUAUGCAAUUAUGUUAGCACAUGAAUAAAAGUGUGAGUUUUCAUGGAAAACAUGAAAUUGUAUGGGUGACCAUAAACUUUUGAACGGUAGUUUAUAUAUUUUUAUCUUAAGUUGCAAAUUAUUUCUCUAAUUAUUCAAGCAAUUGUGUCCUAAAAUUUCAAAAGUAAUUAUGAAUGCUGAUGAAAUACAGACAUCACCCUAAUAUUCAAUGAAGUCUCAGAACUGUCCAAUUUAACAUUCUUUACAAUAUUUUUAAUGGGUUAAUUAUAUCAUGAAGUCAGUAUUAUGGCAGAGGCCUUUGAUUUUGAAAGACACCAAGUGAUUUUCUUUAUUGAUAUUUUUUGUCAGUUAUUGUUUUAUUAUCUUAGAAUAGAAUAGAAUAGAAUAGAAUAGAAAGCCUUUAUUGUCACUGUAUAACAGGUAUACAAUGAAAUUUUAACUGCUGUGUCGAGAUUAACACAUAACUUUCCAAAUAAUAUAUAAAAGAGUUUAUUUUUCUGCUUGGGCAUUUCACAACAUAUUUGCUUACAGACUUCAUGUACGAGUUUUUAAAACUUAAAUAAUAAAAUAUAAUAUUGUAAUAAUAA